GUGUCAGUCACUACCAUACUAUAAAAAAAAUAUCAAAAAAUUGGAAGAACAAAAUGUCACGGGACUGAAAAACUGUGUUAUUUGUCAUUUUCCAACAUGUUUUGAAUUGUCUCUUAAUUGAGUUUUGUUUGUUUCAUAAUGUCACAAACACAAGUGUGACAUAAUCCCUUUUGUGAACUCUUCUUAUCUUUGUUGCUUUUAAAAGCAUUGUUGUUUUUUGUUUUCAUAACUUCAACUUUUGUUGAUUUUUUCCUCUUAAUCAGUAACAUGGAUGUAAGUUUUAAGUCAUUUUCCUUUGAAAAAUCAGAAGCUGAGCCAGAAGUUGAAGAAAACAUGCACUUUCUUAAGUCUCUUCAGGAGCUUAAAGAAUUGAGGUCUCAGCUUCAUUAUGCUGCUGAUUACUGUGAAACAACAUUUGUGGAAAGUGAAAAGAAGAGAGAUGUGAUGGAAAAUACAAAAGAAUACAUAUGUAGGGCAAUGGUCACUGUGGUUGAUCAUCUUGGAAAUGUAUCCUCUAAUCUUGAAGGACUUAUUUCUCACACAAAUGCAUUUUCUGAUGCUGAAAUAAGAAUUCAAUGCCUCAAACAAAAACUUUUGUCAUGUGAACAAUAUGCUGAUAAAGUUGCCCUCUCAAAUAUGCAAUGGAAGGAGAAAUUGCCAAGAUUCCAUACCAGAUAUUUAUCAUCACCUCCUAUUCUUGAGAGAUCAAGAAGUGAAAAAUUAAGUGAUUCUAAAAGUGAAGUUCCUUCAAAAAAAGAAGAUAAACAUACACAAGAGGAUUUGCCACUUUAUAUGUACACUCAGAAUCCAUUUACAUCUAAGAAUUUGAAGCCAGCCACUGCUACUGUUAGCAAGCACAAGAAUUUAGCAUUUGUGAUGCCUGUUCGCGACGGUUUGUCAGUGUUAGCAAAAGUUUCAAAUCCUACAUUUCAUUUCCAAGCUACUCCAAAGUCUGCGCCGCGUCAUAGAAGAUCCUUGCAUGGAAGCGAUGUCUUAUGGCUCAUUAGGCGCUCUAAACGAGCACAUUGAAAAACUAGAGAGAUAUAUCUUAAUUGCUUCCAUGUUACAUAUCUAGUCUUAAGCAUUUAUAGUGUUAGGGCUUAUCCUUUCCAUUUGACAGUUUAGUGUUAAUUGCAUGAUUCAAGAAUCAAAUAUGAUUAAUAAAAUAUUUGUAUUUGGAA